AUGAAAGUCAACUCCAACACCCACCAACAACUUGAAAUGCUUCAUCAGGAGGCACGAUUAAUGCGGAUGUAUGAUCAUAGGAAUUUGGUUAAACUCCACGGAUUAGUCUUCAGCGAAAGCGACGUAAUGGUGGUGAUGGAGCUGGUCAGCGGUGGAGGUUUGAACACGUACCUGAAACAGAAAAAGCUGAUGCCGUUGAUGAAGGCGAGCUUCUGCUACGAUAUUGCUGCUGCUCUAGCAUAUUUACAUGCAAAUAACUGUAUGCAUCGGAACCAUUUCCGAAACGAUUGUGUGCUCCUUCAGUUUAAACAAACACUUAUCGAAUUGCAUGUUCGUAAUAAAGACGUUCUAUAUGACAUGACUCGUCGGCUCGAAAACUGCCUCUUCACCACUGAUGGGCGAUGGAUGAUCAAACUCUUCCGAUUUGGACUGGCAGUUCACGGAAGCCGUAUCAAGUUGUCAUCCACUGAAAAAGUUCCGAUCCGAUGGCAAGCUCCAGAAGUGUUUUUCUAUCACAUGUACCUGCGUGAAAGCGACGUUUGGUCAUACGGUAUGCUAAUGUCUGAGAUCUACAACGAUGGUAAUGUACCUUUCCACGAUAAACCUCUCGCUGAGAUCCGAUCAAAGAUCUGUGACCCAAAGUUCCGUCCAUCCGUUCCGCCUCUCCCCAACUAUCCAAUAAUACCGAAAGUGAGUCAUUCUAUUCCUGGUACGGUUGAAUCAUCGAGAGCACUUCGAGCGUUCGCGUUACAGAUGUGGGCUCCUAUUUUCGUGAAAUGCUGUGCUUGGAAUAAUUAUAAACCUGCACAUUUUUGCAACACCGCCGAUUACUUUCCCUUAAUAAAACACUACCUUCGAUGA